AUGUCGCUGGCACUUGACAAGACACCUCAGACCUCCGCGAUGUCGCUGGCACUCGAGAAGGCAUUCGUUGACAAGACGCCUCAAACCCGAGCAAGCUCGAAGCCGCCCCGCCCGACCGAGCCGACCGCAUGCACCGAGAAGAGCAAAGCCCGGAGCGGCCCGGGCUUCAUGGAUCUCCCGUACAACAUCCGAAAACGAAUCCGCCAUGAGGCCUUGCUCGUGGAUACCGAUCGCGGCAAGCCGUUCCUCACCUCGAACCUGGCCACAGUCGCCAAGGAGUGGAGGGACGACAUCGAGGAGGUCAUUUUCAACGACAUCACCAUCGAUGCGCUCGACGACCCAGAGGUCCUGGCGUUCAAGGCGAUGUUCGCUACGGAUAGACGCAGGCAGCUUCUCACUCGCCUGAAUUUCGCUGUCGACGAUAGCGAGACAGGACCGUGGUACAAGGAGAAUGACGGCCUUGAGAUUGCCCAAAUCGUGGACAGCAUCGGGGAUUUCUUGAAAUACAUUCAUCGCUGGGACUUUCGCAAGGAAGGGGGAGGCCGGCGACCCUUGGAGAUCGCCUUCGCAACAUCGCAGUUUCCGGACGCAAAGAUCGAUUGGUCUCACGGCCAUCGACUCAUCCCUAACACCACCUCUAUGUGGGAACACUCGCGUGACCGGACUGCCUUCGGAGUUAUGGAACUUUGCCAAUUGUCAUCUAUAUUUCACAAAGAGUCCAAGCUCCCACCCUUUCUCGACAAGGUGACAUAUCUCAGCAUCCCACCCGACUGCAUACCCCACAUGAUGGCGCAGGAGGUCAUAGAAAUGAUGCCGAACCUGGAAACAUUGAUACUUGACCCUAGAUUUGAUGUGGAGUCUGAUGAACCAUGGGUGCGCUUGUUAUAUCUCAUUGAUUCCUUACCCAGCUCCGUGCCUUCGCUUCAAAACCUGACUUUGCGAAACACGGCUCAUGUGCCUGACCGCGACACGAAGACUCGAAGUCCGCACAGACCGGAAUGCAUGGCGCUUUUCUCAGCUGUCUUGCGGGAUAACAGCCAGGGACUCCGGUCUUUAUGUGCAAACCCAUUCGAAGUAGACGAAGAAUUCAUUCGACCGUUCUCACGGUUGAAGCACCACGUUUACAGAAACACCUGGAGAUGGCCCCGAUUGCAGCACAUCGACUUGCAAUUCUUCGAAUACUGGGACGAGUGGGAUGACAGGCCGUGGAAGACUGAAGAAUGUCAGGCGGCUUUGGAUAAACACGAAGACAAGGUCAAACAGCUACUCGACGACUAUGGCCCGAUAGAACCCCGUUGCGGUAUGGAUGAGACAUGUCUAAGCUUUCGGCAUGAGAUGUCUUCGUAUCUGAAUAUAUGCCGGCCUGAUCCCGAGGAGCCGAUUUUGUCACCAACGCAUAUACUCAUCGCUGCAGGAAGGGCCACCACCGCCAUGCCGGUUCUGGAGUCUGCUCACAUUUCCAUCUUCUCACAGGCAAGGGGAACUCCUGGCAUAUUCGCCAAGCGAAAGCUGUGCCCCAAGUCCGGGAACACGACAAGCUCCCGCGUGUGGCUCUGUGAUGACUUCCACCCGAAAGUCCGAGCGCAUAUCAUGGAGGCGUGGGCUGAUUUCCUCGGACCGGACCCAAAGGUUGACGCGGGACUGCCAUCUGAGUUUACCCAAGUUCAGCGGUGCUCGCGCCCUACAGGAUGA